AUUCGCAAUGUUUUUGUAUAAAUACUGACGCGGCCCCGUACCAGUCACAUCCGUAGCACUGGAGUGGUCAGUUUUGUGUCGGUUCUCUCGGCUCUCGGAGUGAGUGCAAAAAGAUGUCCCGGAACAGUGUGCUGUGUUUUCUAGUGGUGGUGUUCACGGUCGGGUGCACCAUCGGCCGCAAGCUGGAGUGUAACGAGCAUCGGGCAAAUGAAUGCGAAAUCUCCAACUUUACCAUCGUCGAAUCGAUGGACCUGUCCGAGUACGAGUUUCCCGAUCAUCCGCAUCUAGCGUUCGGUACCUAUCCACACUCGGACGACUCGACGUACGUGGUCGCUAUCGAUAAGGAGCUAGCCGAUCGGCUACAGUCAACCGAAAAACUGGAAAUGCAAAACGUUUCCCUGCAGACGAUGGUGCUGUGGACGAAUCUGCGCUCGCUCGAUGCGUCCCACAACUACUUCUUCGAGCUGAUCGUUGAGCCGGGCCAAAACUAUCAGCUGCGCGAGCUCAACCUCAGCUACAAUCGCUUCCAGUCGAUCGACUUCGUGCAAGCGCUGCCCGCCCUGCGUACGCUCGAUCUGCGCCACAACUAUCUCGAGUCGCUGAGCUUUUCGCUGUUCGACAUGGCCACCGAGCUGUGGAAGCUGAACCUGGCCAACAACCGCAUCCAGACCAUCUCGACCGACGGGUCACUGCAUCUGCCCCGCCUUUCGACCCUGCUGCUGCACGACAAUCUGCUGAGCGUGCUGGACGCUAGCGAGUGGAGGUUCAGCAUGCUGCAGGAGCUGAACGUGGCCCGCAACCGAUUGCGCUAUCUGAGCAUGUGCGAGGUGAACCAUUCCUUUCCCCAUCUGCAGACGCUCUACAUGGACGAGAAUCGUUGGGAGUGUGGACACCUGAACGCCACCAUACGUCAGCUGCAUCAGCUCGGGGUUAAGGCGAUGGCGUACUACGACACAGAGGACCAGGAGCACUGCAGCAAAGCGAUCGACGAAAUCUGCUGCUAUUAGACGAAAAAUCGCCAUCAAAUGCCGACUUUUGCAGCUCUGUACUAUCUCCUGUCACUCAACGCAUUAAUAAAUUGCCCGACACACGAUUGACCCUUUACGAUCAAUCCAUUUGAUGCAUCUCAUGGAACAUGAUUUAUUGCACAUAAUGCUAUCGCUCUCUUGGGAGGGUGAACUACACCAACAUCAAUCUCUUUAUCAGGAUCUCCUGAGCCAACUGAGGUCAGAUCAGGUGGCGGUGAAGAAUUUUCUUUGUUUUGCAGGUCUGCUGGAAGUUGUUCGCGUCCUCAAAUGUAGCACGAUGCGAAAAAUCGUGUACCUUCGCCUACAUUAGCUAAAGAGCAACGCUAGGUGCAGCACGAUAACCUUGCAAUUCAGGCACGUCUAACAUGGAAAUGCAAUUUGCUUGCAAAACAAAAAAACAACAAACCUUCACCUGGUAAGAAUAAAUACAGACAACAGGACAGUCAUCACGAACACUGGCUGGGGAGAAUGUCUAACACCGUGUAAGAACAAAUUAGUUCAAGGAAUCGAAAUGAGACUAAAGAAUUGUUUGAAGCAUA